ACUAAAUAAGAGAGCGUCAUUUUCGUGAUCCGAAAAACAUGAAUUCAAUCAAGCAAAGAAUAGAAAAAGACAGAGGCAAAAUGACCAAGAGACCGUCUCUGCUUCACAUUUUCUCCUUUUGCUAAACGAGCUUUCUUUUCCUCUUUGACCCUUUUAUUGCCUGUGUUGAAGUAACUCCACCAUUCAACUGCAAUUCCUAUUUUCUUCGUCCAAUUUGGUCGGUGAGAAAAUGGAAUGAAAAUAAAUGGAUAUUUACGAUGAGUGAAGGCACUGAUUCUAGAGCCUCAGUUCUUAUUUAGUUUCCCCACCGCUUUUCCUUUUCUUGGCAAUCAAACAGUGCAAAGAGAUAGGCAGCAGGAUGGAGCUAGAGGUUACAGUUGAUUCUACCAACCUGAGUUAUUGGUUAAAUUGGAGGGUCCUUCUAUGUGCAAUUUGGGUAAUUACGACUAUGAUUAUAGCAUUUGUGAUAAUGUGGAAAUAUGAAGGUCGUUUGACAUCUGGCAGAGGACAAACUGAACAGGAUGUUAAUGAGAAUGUGCAUGACAAUGACUCAUGGAAGCCCUGCCUCAAACAAAUCCACCCAAUUUGGUUGCUGGUUUUUCGCGUCGCUGCAUUCUGUAUGCUCUUGCCAUCGCUAAUUGUCAAAGUAGAAACUAAUGGAGGUGUCAUAUUUUACUAUUAUACUCAAUGGACUUUUACCUUGGUCACUAUUUAUUUUGGGUGUGGAUCUCUGCUCUCCAUUUAUGGCUGUUACCAGUAUAACAAACUAAACAGAUUAAGGUUUUGUCAUGUUCGGACAGAUACAGAGCAAGGACCAUACGUGCCUCUCAUAUCUGAGGAAUCUACCAGCAUACUCAGAAAGAAAAAUGCCUUAAAUCUUCAGGAAGAUGGACAUACUACUGGACUUCCAAGGACUUGCAAUUAUGUCUUUGAAAUUCUAUUUCAGAUGAAUGCUGGGGCUGUGAUGCUUACUGAUUGUGUUUAUUGGGUUGUUAUAUUUCCAUUUAUCACCAUCAAAGAUUACAAUCUAAAUUUUAUGACUGUUAACAUGCAUACAGUCAAUGCCAUUCUGCUUCUGGGUGAUACAGCUUUGAAUUGCUUGCGGGUCCCCCUGUUUCGCAUAUAUUUCUUUGUUUUAUGGACAAGUGUCUACGUCAUUUUCCAGUGGAUUGCUCAUGCCUUUGUUUCAAUUGGGUGGCCAUAUCCAUUUCUCGACUUGUCGUCAAAGUAUGCUCCUCUGUGGUACUUAUUGAUAGGAGUAAUGCAUUUGCCCUGCUAUGGUAUUUUUGCUUUCAUAGUGAAACUAAAACAUGACUUCUUGUCUAAACGGUUUCCCUCCUCCUAUCAGUGUUCUCAACUUUGAAGAUGAGUUCUUUCAAUGAUGAAUGAAUUCAGAGUUUAUAAACUAGUUAGUAUUCAGUUACCUGGUUUUGAAUGAGCUGUUCAAAUGUUCUAUACAUUUCUUGAGGUUGGUUUCUCUUGAGAGUUUUUCUUUUUCUUUUUGUGCAGUAGGGGGGUUGUGAUACUGGCUAUAGACAAAUAGGCUAUGAUUCGGAGAUGCCAGUUUUUUGGAUUCUUAAUCUCAUUGUUUACCAACUUGUGUUAAGAACCUCAAUUCUUCAUUUCUUGCUAGACUUUUUGUUUAUUUUAGUUUUUGUUAAGUCUAACCUUUUAACUGAAUUGGAACAAACCUAUUAGCUUGUUAUAUAUAAUUUCAAAUA